AUUUAGGAAGCCAGAACAUAGGCGCAAUUUUUAUCGAACUGGAGUCGCGGGAAAAAAGAGAAGAGGGUUUUUGAAGAUCUCGCGAGAUCGAGUGAGCGAGGCUAGCCAGAGUUAGGCGGUCUCUCGCGAUAGAUACAGGGAGAUUUUAGCAGGUGGGAGGGAAGGGUGGUGAGGACUCUCGCGAGACUUGAAGGUACCGCGGCGGCGGCCAGAGGGAGGAAAAGAGGUUUGUAAAUUCCGUAGCUGUGGGAUCUCGGGCACUAGAGGGGAAACGACUUAGUAGUCUUCUGGAGCUUCCGUGCUCCUUCCAUCUCCACAGGCACUUCCUCCACCUCUAAACCUUCUUUUAACUGGUCUUUUAGGACCGGAAGUCUUUCAUCUUGAGCGUCCUAUGUUGGAAGCGGCCUGACUUUCUUUGCCGGAAACCCUUUUCCAGGGGAUGGGAAGACGGCCCACCUGGCCGGAAGUCCCACCUCCUUGAGCUCCCCCACCCUUCCAGAAGUUUUUCUGUCACCUGUGCUUGCCUCCGUUCUCUUUCUCCGUUUUAUUCGUAUACCAGAGAAGGAUAUAGUUAGUGUCUCCCUCCCAGCUCCACUAAACGGGUUGGAUAUCUCACUCCCCGAGUCGGGGGUCCUUCCCCGCGCCCCCAUGUAGCUGGGAGGUGGGACCUGGGGGUAUUUAGACCCCUGGGAUCCUGGAGGAGGACCAGAGAGGGCACGGAAUUCGGCUUCUGCUCCUGCUGCCAGGAAGCGGCCUCCUGCGCCUCUCUGGUCUCGCUGCCAUGCACCCUGCGGCCUUCCCGCUUCCUGUGGUUGUGGCCACUGUGCUGUGGGGAGCGGCCCCUAGCCGGGGGCUCAUUCGAGCGAUCUCGGACCACAAUGCCAGCAUGGAUUUUGCAGACCUUCCAGCUCUCUUUGGGGCUGCCUUGAGCCAGGAGGGACUUCAGGGCUUCCUUGUGGAGGCUCACCCAGACAAUGCCUGCAGCCCCAUUGCCCCACCACCCCCAGCCCCGGUCAACGGGUCAGUCUUUAUUGCACUGCUUCGAAGAUUCGACUGCAACUUUGACCUCAAGGUUGCUGAAUGUGGAGUGGGAGCCGGGAGAUUGAGGGUCCUUAAUGCGCAGAAGGCUGGGUAUGGUGCCGCUGUAGUACACAACGUGAACUCCAAUGAACUUCUGAACAUGGUGUGGAACAGUGAGGAAAUACAGCAGCAGAUCUGGAUCCCGUCUGUGUUUAUUGGGGAGAGGAGCUCCGAGUACCUGCGUGCCCUCUUUGUCUACGAGAAAGGGGCUCGGGUGCUCCUGGUCCCAGACAAUAGCUUCCCCUUGGGCUAUUACCUCAUCCCUUUCACAGGGAUUGUGGGACUGCUGGUUUUGGCCAUGGGCGUAGUGAUGAUAGUUCGUUGUGUCCAGCACCGGAAACGGCUCCAGCGGAAUCGACUGACCAAAGAGCAACUGAAACAGAUUCCUACACAUGACUAUCAGAAGGGAGACCAGUAUGAUGUCUGUGCCAUCUGCCUGGAUGAAUAUGAGGAUGGGGACAAGCUGAGGGUCCUCCCCUGUGCUCAUGCUUAUCACAGCCGCUGUGUGGACCCCUGGCUCACUCAGACCCGGAAGACCUGCCCCAUCUGUAAGCAGCCUGUUCACCGGGGUCCUGGGGAUGAGGAGCAGGAGGAAGAAACCCAGGGUCAAGAGGGUGAUGAGGAAGGGGAGCCAAGGGAUCACCCUGCCUCAGAACGGACCCCACUGCUGGCCUCCAGCCCGACAUUUCCCACCUCCUUUGGCUCCCUAGCCCCAGCCCCCCUGGCUUUUCCUGGGCCUUCAGCAGACCCCUCACCCUCUGCCUCCUCUUCAGCUGUCAUCCUGGUCUAACACUCAUUUUCCCGCCUCCCCCUCCUCUGGUGACCUAUUUGCACAGCCCCACUUCCUCUCUCCAGGCUUCUGUGUGGAGAUAGGAGACAUUUCCACCCCAGUUCUCGCCCUUACCCAACUCCAUCCUUUUGAGGGGGUUGGUGCAGAGGGAUGGGGGUCUUCACUUACUGGGUUAAUAAAAUUGUUUUUGUGGA